CAACCUGUGUCACUUCUCAGAACACUGAAGCAAGGGGACGACACGGCACAAGGUUUACUGUGUACAUGUGAGCCGAUGUGAUUAUCUGUAUUUCUUGAGUGUGCGUUUUUACUGAGACCAUACACAGAAAAAACAUGUCUCUGGCUCUGUCGCGAUGCCUCUGCAGGGUUUUGUCCCGACGGAGAACCGCGUCUUGCGUCCCGUGCGGAGAACAUAAUCAUGUAGUCAGCAUUAGUCCUUGGUUUUCUCCAGUGAUGACUUUAAAGACGACAGCUGCACUCAGUGCAGAACCACGGAAAAAGAAGAAGGUGGACCCUAAACGUGAAAUUAUGGCAAGAGAACGUCUAAAGAAGAAAUUGAAGAAGAUGGAGAAGGUUGUACCUGAAUUAAUCCCAAUAGAAGAUUUCAUUGUUCCAGUCAAGUACAUGGAUGAAACAAGAAUACGCUCGGAGCCACAUUUGACAUUUGAAGAAAAGGAGCGCCGAGCCCUGUUGCUGAAGGAGUGGAGUCUAUACAAACAGAAGCAGCAUUUGGAUGAAGUGAACGCUGUUGAUGUUGCUCUUGAAGCACAGAGAGAAGCACUGGAGGAACUGAGGCUGGAGUCAGAGGAGCUGUACCAGGCGGCACUGACACCAGACCCACUGUUGUUCCCCUUUAGUCGUGAAGGUCCUGCCUACACACCAGCAAAGACCAAUUAUGAUGCACCUGACGGGAAAUACAAUGACAUCACUAAAGUUUACACUCAGUGAUGGAGAGGAACAGAAUGCGGUUGAAUGUAUCUGGAAUAGUGUGUGUUUUUGUAUAUACAUGUUCAAUAAUAAUACAUUUACAGCUUUUCUUUUUUUAAAUGUCACUUUGAGAAUAUUAGACAUCUAUGUUCUUCAAUUUCUCCGAUUUACACCAAUCAUGGCUGUGACAAUAUAAUUGUUUUUCCAUUUCAUAAUCUCUAUGUAAAAUUUGGCAAAAACCCCCAAACAUUUCCCCUAAUUAUUUUUGGACUACAUUAUUUUUAGGUCGUCAGUUUAAUAAUAUAGAAAAUAAGAAAAACCAAACAAGCCCAAUAAUAAACAUCACUAUGAAAAUUCA